UCAUUCUCGCUUCAUUCCGAUCGGAUUAGGGUUUUCCCCGCCAUCUCUCUCUCUCUCUCUCCAAAAUCCAAAUUAGCGAAACCCUAGAUUCGAUAAAUUCCCAUUCUUUGUUAAGGUGAAAAAAGUUUGAAUCUUUGAAGAAUUUGGUAGAGUUUGAUGCUAUGUCUUACAUGCGUGGUGAUCUACUGACGAGGAUGAGGAAGCUUGUCAAGGGCCUCGCGAGACCCACCCCCGCUUGGCUCAAAGCCAUGGAAGAAGCGCCCCCUGUGACAUUUCCUCUCCCUGAUGGGAAGGUCAAGCAGAUUGAGUUGCCUGAAGAUGUUUAUGUGAAAAAGUUCUUCAAGAAAAAUCCUGAUUCUUUGUACCAUGAUGCUGUCAAGAUAAGCAGCUUUGAUCCUCCUCCUGCUCGAGUUUUUGCAUGGCGGGUACUUGAGUUAAAAGGGCAGGGUGUGAAUGAAGAUGAAGCAAUGGCUGUAGCUGAUAUGGAAUAUCAAGCCGAGAAGACAGCAAAGAAGGCGGCCUACAAAGAACUAAAGAAGGUUGCACGCUUACAAGGGAAAAAGCCACCUCCAAACCCGUAUCCAAGCGCCGUCAAAGAGAUCCAAGCCGAGGAGAAGAAAUACGUCCGGGACCGUUUCUUCAACAGGAAGAUACUUGAAAUCGUGCAGAAGAUGAAAGAAGAAAAGGCUGCAAGGAUGCGAGAUCAACAGAGAGGUGAUUCAGGUGGCGGCAGAGGCAAUGUCCAACCUGGUGGUUGGUUUGGCGGUGGAGGCCGUGGCCAACCAGGUGGUUGGCAGGACAAUCGCGGUGGAGGUGGCGGUGGGCAAUCUGGUGGUUGGUUUGGUGAUAGGGGUCAGUAAUUUUUUUUUUUUCGAAUGUUAUGUGACUAUACUUCGUUUUUGUUCUUUAAGAAAUAAUUAUUUGUGAGCUACCGGUGGUUAGCGAGCUACAUUUCUAGUUCUGCUGUAGUUUUUGUUGUAUUUGUUUCUAGCUUUUAGCUCAGGUUUCAGAGGAAUUAUAUGAGAAAUAAAUACAACACUCUGCUUUUUUUA